GACACUACUGCUCUCCGUGGGCGACUCGGCGGCGGCCGUGGUGCGCGAGAUGCUGGACAAGUACGGGCUGUCGCGCCAGGACCCGCAGCACUACUGCAUCGUGCAGGUGGACACUGCUGACAACUCGGAGUACAUACUGGAUGACGACGAGUGCCCGCUAGCCAUCGUGAUGUCGCACCCCCACCAUAGCUCCAUCAUGUUCCACGUGCGGCGGCGGCCGGCGGACGCGCAGCCGCGGCGGCGCAAGAAGAAGGCGGCCGGCGUCGGCGGCGGCGGCCGGCCCGGCACCGAGCCGGCUCUGGUGGAGGUUGCCCCGGACGGAGCCACGCUCGAGAACGGCCGCCGGUUGCGCAUCACGGAUGUGGUUGAGAUCGGCUCCGGCAACGGCACCGCUCUCCAGCUGUACGGGCCGUCGAUCCAGCCGCGACACUGCGUGGUGGCGCCGGCGGACGGCGGCGGGUACACCGUGACGCCGCUGCACGCCGACGCGCACGUCUACCUCAACGGCCGCCGCGUCUCGCACACGCAGCGGCUGCAGGUCAGUGUGUAUCAGGCUCCGGCGACGGCGCCGCCCUCCAGCUGUACGGGCCGUCGAUCCAGCCGCGGCACUGCGUGGUGGCGCCGGCGGACGGCGGCGGGGCCGCCGCGUCUCGCACACGCAGCGGCUGCAGGUCAGUGUGUAUCAGGCUCCGGCGACGGCGCCGCCCUCCAGCUGUACGGGCCGUCGAUCCAGCCGCGGCACUGCGUGGUGGCGCCGGCGGACGGCGGCGGGUACACCGUGACGCCGCUGCACGCCGACGCGCACGUCUACCUCAACGGCCGCCGCGUCUCGCACACGCAGCGGCUGCAGCAUGGAUGCUUGCUUAAGUUCGGGCGCGUGUCCACUUUCCGCUUCGUGGACCCGAUGCAGGAGAGCAUCCUGAACAGGAACCUUUCGCAGUCGCAGCACUUCGGCUCCGGCUCGAUCUAUGACAGAUCCCCGACGUCGCCGGGCAGCAGCAGCGCGAUGUCGCCGACGUCGGUCGCGUCGCACGAGCCGCACGCCGACGCCAACGCGAACACCGCCGACGACUACUCGCGGACCAUGAGCCCCGUGUCGCAGGACACGUACUACCGCGACAACGACACGACGCCGCGCCCCUACCGCGACGCCGACGACAGCUCGAGGCAGUACCGCGACGAUGACGUGACGCCCCGCCCGUACAUGGACGAUAACGGCCAGAGGCAGUAUCGAGACGACGAUGGGUCCCGCCCCUACAAUAACAACACGCUGAAGCUCGACAGCGAGUCGCUGAUGAUGUCUCAACAAGUCAUCGGCGCGGUUGACGAUUACGCGCCCGACGAGCAGAGUGGCUCGGUCUACAACGACCAGGAACAAAAUGCAACUCCGAACAGAACCGCAAACUCUCAGUACAAAGACAACUACGAAACCACUUUCGAUCUAGAUGGAAAUGUAGAGACGAAAAGCAUUUGCAGCGCGAAAAGCGGCGGCUCAGGACACGACAACAGGAUGAGCGCGUCAGUGGGCAGCGCUACACGGCCGGGGCAGGAAGCCAUCUUGCCAGCGGUACUGGAGUUCCCGGAGCAGGGCCAGGCGCAGUUCCUGGCCGCCGUCGUGUCCAGGCUCGACCCGCACGCACCGGCCUUCAAGCUCGCACCCGUCUACACGCUGUACUUGUGCGCCAGAUAUCGUGCGUCAACCCACUAUCGGCCGGAGCUAACCCCCACGGAGCGGGCGCACAAGCUCACUGCGUUCCUGCACCACGUGGCCACUUUAAUACACGAAACUGUACAGCAACGAUGCAACGAUUCGGCAGCUCAAGCUUUCUGGAUGGCGAACGCUAGCGAAUUACUUCACUUCCUGAAAUGUGACCGACACAUAUCAUCGUUUUCAACGCAAGCGCAGGAUUUACUCCCUACAACUGUACAAAACGCCUUUAGUAACCUAGUGACCUGUUUCCAAGAGGAGUUAUCCCGAGCUCUAGCGACGCUCAGUAGUCCGAGCAUUACCGAUUCGACCGAAGCUACAGCGCCCACGCUGCAAACUCUAGCGGCUGCUAUGGUUCUGCUGCGACGCUGUCGGGUCAACGCGGCGCUCACGAUCCAGCUGUUCUCGCAUCUGUUCCACUACAUCAACGCCGUGUGCUUCAACAAGCUGGUGACGGAGGCGGGCAGCAUCAGCGCGCGGUGGGGCGGCGCGCUGUCGGCGCGGUUCGCGCUGCUGGCCGCGUGGGCCGAGCGCCAGGGGCUGGAGAUCGCCGCCGACUGCCACCUGGCGCGCACCAUGCAGGCCGCCCGGCUAAUCCAAGGCACGUACCGCACGGCAGACGAGGUGCGGGCGGCGCUCUCAGCCUGUUUCAAGCUCAACUCCGUCCAGGUUCGAGCGCUGCUCACGCCUCUGGCCUCGCCCGACAUAGUGGAAGCAGCUGUGGCCCACGCCCGUGCCUUGUCCGACGAACUGCACAGAUCUGAUGGCAGAGAGAUCCGCCUAGAAGAAAGCGUAUGGCUAGGCACGGGCCUCCUCAUACCGGGUGACGGGUUCAGCGCAGAAGUCGUCCGCGGUGUGCCUCCUGGACUCGCCGAGUUCGUUGCCCCAUUACAAAGGGGAGGGUUAUGUCGUCUAGCGCACCAACCGCACGCGAUCGGCGUGUGGACCGUGUAUAUGGGAGGCCACGCCCCCGCGAGACCGAGGCCCGACCCGAGGGUGCAUAUUAUACAGCUGAAUAAAAACUCCGCUGGGAUGGGACUCAGCAUAGUCGCUGCUAAGGGUUACGGUCAAAACAAGUUGGGCAUCUACAUAAAAUCAGUGGUGGCAGGCGGCGCGGCGGCGGCGGACGGAAGACUCGCGGCCGGAGACCAACUGCUGUCGGUCGACGGGCAGUCACUUGUCGGCAUUACCCAGGAAAAGGCGGCGGAAUACCUGAUGCGUACGGGCCCGGUGGUGACGCUAGAGGUGGCCAAGCAGGGCGCCGUAUUGCACGGGCUCGCCACGCUGCUCCACCAGCCCGCCUACAACAAGCAAGGAGCCGGCAGCGCGUCGGGCGUAGGCGGCGCGCGGCGCUUAUCGGAGCGGGACUUACCGUCGCGGCUGGCGGCCGAGCCCGUGAAGCCCAGCAAGAGCACGCCCGCGCUGCACCACGCCGCCCAGCCGCCGCACGCGCACCCCGCCUACCUGCAGCACAGUGCAACGUUGAACCCAUCGCAAACGUCGGGGCCUGGGUCGCCCAACGCGUGGGCCAACAAAUCGCGCAGCAGCCACAACUUAUCGGCGCCGCACGACGGCGGUUUCUACCAGAACUUAUCCACUGUGCACGCGUCCCACCACCACACGCUGCAAGACAGGUGGUCAUCGCUGCGUAGUUCAACGGGCAGCAAUCGUCCUCAAUCGGCGCACUUCUCGGCCGCCGCCGCGGAGCAAGCUCCGGAGUCACCGUUGCACCAACAGGUGCCAAACACGAUGACAGUGCGCGCGGCGAAGCUAGCAGAGAUGUCAGAAGAAGUUUCUAGGCGGAUGCAAGCACAGUUGCCGCUCAAGCCCGGCCAGCUGCAGCACUCGCCCGCCCCACAUCAACACCUCGCCCAGAACCAGCAUCUUGGCCAGAAUCAGCACCCUGGUCACCAACAUCCCAUGAACCAGCAUAACCAUCAACAGCAGAUGGGCAGCCAGCAGCAGCUCUUACAAGGCGCGCCGCAGCAGCCGCAGUCGCCGCCGCCGCACCCGCACCAGAACGCCAAGCCUUCGAGAUACGACUGGCACCCGCCUGGUCCUCCAUCGCCGCAAAGGUCGCAACCGCCUGUCGCUCCUAAACCGCAACAGAACGUUCGAAGAUCAGACAACGAUUUGGACGAACAAUUCCAACAAAUGCAGCAGAAUCAAACUACCGGCACUGUCCAACCGGAAGAUGAGCGCUACGUGGCGAGCGCGCUGGAGCCGCCGGCGGUGUCGGUGUACCCGGCGGGCGGCGGCGGCGGCGCGCGCGCUCAGCCCGCGCACAACCCGUGGCAGCGCGAGGAGCGCGAGCGCCAGGCCGAGGCGCGCCGCGCCGCCAACAGGGCAAGGAGGGACGCAACGAUCGCGCAGCUACUGUCUCUGGGUGCGGCGCGCACCAGUGUACAGAACCAACAACUGCGCGCGUUGCAGCUCGAGCGAGACUUCGAGCGCCGCGCCACGCAGCAGGACCAGGAGGACGCCAACACAGAAGGCGUCGCCGACGACGACCGCGACUCACCUGAGCCUACCGCCCGGCCGCAGCCGCCAUUUUCUCCGCCUUUACAUCACCAGCCGCCCCAGUCCCUCCAACUACAUCAGCCGCCUCAACAAAUGCAUCAGCACCAUCAGCCCCCUUCACAGCAUCAUCAGCCCCCUCAGCCACAUCAUCAGCCACCCCAGCCACAUCAUCAGCCACCCCAGCCACAUCAUCAGCCACCUCCACAGCAUCAUCAGCCCCCCCAACAUCACCAGCCGUCACCGGCGCCUCCUCAGGCGGCGUCGCCCGAGCCAAGAGUUCACCCCCAUCCGCCUAAAUCAAUACUCAAGACCAAUCGUACUGAUAUGUCUAAUGGAUAUGCCACGGAAGCGCAUGUCCAACCGCCGCAGCCGUCAUCAGAAGAGCGUCGCGCUACCGAGAUGUCUGCGAGUAUGUCGGCGCUGCACAUCGUUCCUGCCGCCGCGGCCGCCGGCCCGCAGUCGCCGGGCGCCGCGCCGCCCGCGCCGCCGGCCCGCGGCUCGUCCUUCGCCGUCAUGCGUUUCAUCGAAGAGGCGGAGAGCAUGCUGGCAGGGGGCGUGUCGCCCGCCGCGCCGCCCGCGCCCGCCGGCCACACGCCCGGCGUCAUCGGCGCGCAGGAGGUCUACAGAGACCCGCGCGCGCGGCGGCUGGCCGAGCAGCAGGCGCGGGCGCCCGCGGCGCCGGUGCCGGAGCAGCUGUCCUUCAAGGAGAAGAUGAAGAUGUUCGCGCUCGAGUCCGGCGAGCACUCCACGCCCAAGGACAAGGUGAAGAUAUCCCGCGCACAGCGGGACAUCGAUGCGGUCCACUGAUCAACGUAUGACAUAUUUUAACUCGAAUCGCUACAUCACUAAUGAUGGUACAAUUAUCACUCAAAAUAUUAUAGAAAUCGUAAGAUAUUAAUAUUGUAGCUGACGACGAAGUCUCCCGACAUUAUCACAGUAUUAAAUUAAUUACGAAAAAUAUAGGAAACAUUUGUCUCGCUGUUAUCGUCAGCGAGCCUCGCGUCUGACGCGAGAGAUCACGGUUGCGUUUGAACCCCGAACGAAAGGGAUCGAGCUUUAUGAAUCAAUGUAUGUACCGAGACCAAAAGAUUGCCUUCGACCGAUCAUAGUACCAAUUUUAAAUGUCUAUUUUUAAGCGUCUUUGCUUCGAACGAUAAUAUUUUUAUGAAUUUGGAGAUAAAUUUAUAUCAUGUCGCCUUAGCAGCUAGAGCAACUUUUAUUGUGAUUCGAUUAUAUCUACAGACCAUUAUUUGGUUAUACCCAAGAGAUAAUAUUUACAAUGAUUGUCAUGUUUUAUAAUAUUUAAUGUUGCAAUGGCACGUCGAGAUCGAUUUAUUAAACUUUUACACACGUGCCAUGACAUUAUUAUGACUAAAAUACCUACUGAUAUUAUUAUGUUUAAUAAUAAUAUAAUUUAUUGUCGAUGGACCAAUAUUGAAGGCCAUGCUGGUGGGUGCCUUUUGUAUGUUUAGUGAAUAAUUUCACAUAUCCUUGAUGUUUCCUAAACUGUGCUGCUCGUAUCAUUCAUAAUUUAUAUUUAUAUCUGAAGCUUCGUUACAUUCCAAAGAAUAUUCUAUAUCGAUUUCUACAUUUUAUAAGCAUUCCUAAUCCUCUUCCGAGUCAUCCAGUGUAAAGUCUAUGUGUAAAACACGAUGUUGAUGUUAAAUGUUUGUAUUUUGAACCAACAGAAAGCAAUAACUCAUUGUGACGCCUUUGUUGUAUAUAAAUACUAAGUUUUUUUUACAUAAAUGUAAGCACAUAUUUGUGCCAAAAUCGUAUACAUUGUGGCAAAGUAUGAAGAUCAUCUCUUAUUAAUUGGCAGCUGAACGAAUGUGUCGCCUGGUCACGACCCGGUGGUCAGGCUGUCGGCCGUUUCGUGUUAGUUAAUUUGCAACCUAUGGCACCAAUUAUUGUAUAUAAUGUAGGUAGUAAAAUCCAUAUAAUUAUGUUACGGUUUUGUACACCUGUUUGUAUAUGUACAUGUUUAUUUAAAGAAUAUAUCAUGACGAGUAAAGAGGCCUAUUCAGGUAGCUUAGUUUAGUUCCUGAGAAUGAUUUAAUGUUCUCAGUAUUGACCCAACGAUAGUCAAUUAGCGAAAGAUUGAGAUUUAUUUGUAGAAUGGAGUAUUAAUUAUUUUAUGCUAAGAUUGUAUAUAAUCACAAUUCAAUGAACAAUUAGUUAUAUAGUUUAAAUUGUAAUCUUUAGAAAUGUAAUUGAAAUAGCCUACAUACAUACACAGAUUCAUUUUAUCAUCAUUAACAUUAAUUAAUGUACUUCAUCUUUCGAGCAAAUAAAUAAAGUAACAUUACGAA